GUGCUGUGUUGUGCCGGCUUGAGUUGUGAAACGUGCCUCGUGUGGGAAAAACAUACUGUGUGAAUUGAGUGAAGGAUAACAAAAACAAACCACAGAAAACCUACCAAAAACAAAUACUUUCCAUGAGGAUCAACCAUAAUUGGAAAUAGCUCAACAGACUGCCGCUGGCGAUGAGACUUGCUACGCUGCCGACCUAGCCAUAGCCAGGCCCAGGAUGAACGGCUCGCUAGUGACUGAGACUGCCCCCGCUAAGCCUACUGUGGUGCCGCCGAGGCCCCCGCCGCCCCCCGCCAAGGGUGCCUGUUGUCGUGCUCACCUCAAUACUCUAUGGAGCGUCUGGUACGGGGUGUCCGCCGUCGGUCUACAAGCGUACAUAGCCUUCCAGUCAGCACUCAGAUUCCUUGAUUACCUAGAGCUAGGAUGGCCAGCGUCGUCGGCGCCUCGUCUAGAGCUUCACGCGUACAUCGUGCUGACAGGGACUGCUGUCUUGCUGCUCCCCGUCUUCCUGGCGGCGGCCGUCUUCAAGGUGGGAAACCUCGCCAACGACGGCUGCAAGCUCGGCCGUAGUGUCAGCAACUGCUCUGCUGAUCCUCCAGCCUCUGUAGCCCUGGGUGGCGGAGGUCCCAGAGGCUUCUGGCGACACUCAGGUCCCACGGCGCCCUUCCUACACAUCGUCACUGCCUUUUGCCUCCUCCUGCCGCGCCUCCUCAUAGAAGCUCGGCUCAUCCAGGCCGGCUUUCUACCUAAAGAUCUGAUCUGGAGGACUGACCUGGACUUCCUAGUAGCUCAGAGGGACAGACUGGUGGUUCUCAGCUUCAUGACAUCUCCCAACGUCAACAUGACUUUCCUACCAACACCCUUGCCUCAGGACACUAGCAGUCACAACCCUCUAGCCUCCAGCAAACCCCAGACUCUGCCUCUCACUGUGGGCAUCCCCGACCAGGACCUAUCUGUCAAUGAUGAGCCUAAGUGGGGUCCAGUUUCACCAGAACUUCUCAACUAUGCACUGGCAUUGUUUGUUUACGCAAUCCGCUACCCUGCAGUGUUCUGGAAUACCAACAAAUGGUUUGGAGCCUUGUUUUCCAUCCAACUGCUCAUCAAUGGAGCUCAGUGCAUCCUCAUGUAUGCUGGCAUCUCUGUUCUUUACAAGGUACAUGUGGUUGGUCCAUCUGAAGCCCUGCCUUUGCUUCACCAGAGAGUUGGUCUCAGUCCCAGCAUGCCACAGCACUUCCUUCUCAAUAGAGAUGUAACCCUGGCGCUCUUCAUCUUUUCCACUCUCCUAGUCAUCAAGUCUAGUCUUGUAUUAUAUCUGUAUGGCUACAGCCGGCUCAACUCCUUUGUGUCACGAGAGCGAGCUAGGCGAGUCAUCAGCAUGGACAGCUACACAGGCAAGGGCUGGGGUUACUUCACUCACUGCGCUGCGCUGUGUGUACUGCUAGCCAUGGCCGUGUGUCAAGCCCCGCUGCUGUAUGACUCUACUGUCGUCUACAGAGGCAGCCUCAGCUCUGCUGUACUGGCCUGUGUUGUUGGAGCUGUGGUUCACCUGUUUCUAUGGGUACUUCUUUGGCUUGUUUUAACCAUCAAGCAACAUUGGAGGUUCAAACUGCGAGUGACUGUAGGCAGAGCCUCUGUGCGCUCGGCUCGCUCCAUCAAGCUUGUCACUGAGGUGGAUUUAUUGUCAUCUACAGACUACGCCCAACCCUUGUUGGUUGUAGGUAAUGGCCGCACUUACACCAUCUCUGAUAACUCACCUAAGAAGGCCAUCAUGGGUGUCAUACAAAAGUGUGUUAUGGAGAAGAAGGCGAGAAGUCAAGGUGGGUCCUCCAGUAGCAGUGCCAAGGACUGGAUGGACAGAGAUGAGGAGCAGAUCUACUGGCUCAGGCCAAAACAAACAACUCCUAAACAUUCCCCGGAUUCUGCCAACUCCGAGAGACUGGAGUGGUUCAAGAAACCAAACGGGGCUAAACACAAAGUCACCUUCGAUCCAAGCUCAAAAAAAAGUAGAAGCAGCAAGCUGCACGAGUCAGAAGAUGACGGAGAUUAUGCGAGGUUACGAGAACUUCCGAUGCUGAGUGUUGGAGCCACAGAACAGAGUGACGGAGAUACUGCCUCAGAGGAUAACAAGUUGCUGGAAGGUGUGCGUACAGCAAGUGUGACAUACGCUCGUACCAACUGUGACUUGCUGAUGCCUCUACCAGCUGACGCAGGGGACUACGAGGACCCAUCCCCUCUACUGACCCCUGAGCCUCACGAUCUACCCCCUCCCUCCCCUCCACCACCCCCACCUCCUGUGUCUAGCAACCAACAGACAACUCCCAGAUGUCUUCGGAGGACAGAUUCAGGCAUGCCGGGAGAUGAGUUGACUCCGAGGUCAGACUCCAUGAGCACCGAGGCGUCUGGAGCAUCACCACCAGAGGCUGGAGCAUCACCUCCCGACCACAGCGAGACAUCCAGUGGAGUACACUCUAACUCGAGUAGAGAAUCAGCCACAGCCAACACACAGCGGAGGUCCACCAGCGUAGAUGAUCUGGCCAUGGAUGCUGCAAACAAGGUUCAGGUUCAGUGGCGCAGCGUGUCACUACAGAGAGGUAUGCAGCCUCCUCAGCCUGACCAGAGCUAUAGCUCGUACAAGGCUCAAAACAUGGACCCAACCUACGGAAUCAUAAGGAACGGUCCACAAACUGUGGAGCCCACGUACGGCAUCAUGAGGCAUAACCCACAGCAGGGUGUGGAUCCUACGUAUGGUAUAUUGAGGAACGGACCGGUGCAAAACAACCGAGUGACGACCCAUCCUCAGGAACCCAUCUACGCUCCAUACAGACCUCAGCAGCUUUAUACCAAGAGUCCCCCUGUGAUCAGCGAGGAGGAGGAUGUGGUGAUACGGAGAAAGGUGAACAGGCCAGAAGUGCCAGCGACAGUAACGACUGUAGGGGAACCCUUCGGUAGAGCCACUAACAUGAGAUUGACGUCAUUCACGGACCGACCUCAACAGUCCGCCACACUCCCCCACUAUCCUACACAAGUAGUCAACCCUGCGUAUCCUCACUGUUCUACCAUGCCUCUCCCAGUGUCUAACCCCACAGUACCUCCCCUCCUGGGUACAGGCACUAGUUGCAACUCCUUCCCUCGCCAGCAUACCACGAUACCCACACAUCACAACGGUGUGAGACUGUUCAACCCCAACCCCUACACCAAACGUCACUUCCCCCUCACACUGAGGGGCUGUGCGCCCCCUGACCCUGGCCACCACACUUUCCCUCAAAUAAUCAACCUCAAACACAACGUCCAACACAGGUCAGACAGGGACUCUGCUAACUUUUCUCUGGCCUCCAGUGGCGACUCGGACACUCACACGUGAAUCCAUCUAAUAUGUCCUUAUUAAUGUAUACAGUAUUAGCGUGAAUAUUUAUUUGAUAUGACAUUACCAAAGAUAGAUUGUUGUAAGAAAAGAUUGAUUUAUUAUAGUUUUGUCCUCUCCUGAGAUUUGUUCUGCUUAUACGUAUCUGAAUAUGAGACUAGUCAUAUGUUAAUUAAUAUAGUCGUUAAUUUCUUUUCAUAAAAUAUUAUACAAUUACAGUUAAGAAUUGAACAAUUCCUUGAGAAGCUAUAAACAAAUACCAGGUUAAGCAAUUUAUAUAUCCAUAAUGAUAACAAUGGCCACUAUUUUCAACUUUAUAUUUGAUGCUUGGUCUUUCCUUGCUGAUGCUUACUUUCAUGGGCUAUGACUGAAAUUGCUUCAUAAAUCAAUAUGAACUGAACAUUACAUUUAAAAACUCCAUUAGAAUGACUUAUGGAGUAAAUUUUGCAGUAAUGGCUGCAACAAUAUACAUUAUAUUUUUAAGAGCCAUUAACCAAGAUAAAGUCCAUUCAUCAUGGUUAAAACUUAAAAUCCGGCUAAGAAGAAUUGAAACAAACUUAUAAAGCCAACUAAUUAUUUAGAAUAGAUCAUUUAUUUGGUUUAGCAGCAGUUGUUUAAUAUUUGCCAACCAAGCUUGGUAAGAUGAGUAAAGUAUUGUCCUAAAACAAUAUUUUGAAAUUCUUCCCAAGUUUAUCACGUGGGGUUGCACUCAGUUGAUAGCACUGAUCAACCUCAAUGUUGGCGAUUUGAUUACUGGCUCUUAGGAAUAUCAAAAUAUUUUUAUGAAACAUCUUCUUGCAUCGAGCUUCAAAGCUUAAUUAUAUCAUAGUUUUCAACUAGAACAAACUCACCUGUAUAAAUAUGAAAGCGGUAACAGUUCAAUAACAUAACUAUAUCAUUUAACCUCAGUGGUUAUACAGUAGUCGGUUGAUAACAAUAACAGGCCAAGUAGAAAACAAUGUUUGUUUCUAUUAUGAUAUAUAAUUUGAGUCAAAUUUUUGUUUUCCAGUAUGGAAGAAAAGCAUAUAAAAUGAAUCUGCAUCAUAACAUAUUUUAUACUGAACUUUUGUAUCUAUUUUUUGAACCAAAACUGACUGAGUACCUGGUACCAAUUGUAAUGAUCAGACAAUAACCUGGAUAGGUUAGAUCAAAUUAGAUCAAUUUUGCUGUACUUAAAAUACUUAAGAGAAAACAUGUGAACAGUUUUGUAAUACAUUUUCUCUUUGCACAAAAUUUGUAUGAUAUUUUUUAAAUUUUUGUAAGGGACAUAAUAUAUUUGUGUAGAUCUUUAUGUAUUUUGCAUUUUUAUAUGAAGAAGAUAGUUAUGUUUAGAUUACUAGUUGCUGAAAUUAGCGAUUUAGACCUUUGCUAGCAAUGGCUUGUAAGCAGAUCCUAAACCAGAAACCUACAAUAUGUCUGUGUUGUAUUUCUGGCACUAACCUAACCAGCAUCUCUAUCACUAUUCACUGUCUACAUACGGUUGGUCUUCAGAUCACUUCUCAACCACUGCUUCAGUUCUCAUAUUGUCCGUGGACUCUGGAACAUGUAUUACGUUUACAUAUCUGCGAUGAGUACAAUUAGUUUAGUACAUAUCUCAUUGUAUGAUAAUUGUUGCAUUUUAUGGUUUACUUUCAUAUUAUAAAAGAUGUUAAACACUUUAUUGUAUAUUUUUUUACCUCAAUAACUUUAAGAUUUAAUUUAGGGACUUCAGGGUAUAAUUUUACGACUGCCAUCAUGUUUAAAGUAUAUAAAAUUAGAAAAUUACUUUGUUGUUUGUUACAUCAUUAAUAAACCUACCUGAGUAUUAUGUUGUACAAAACUAAAGGGGUAUUUAUUUGUGUAAAUAAAUUAAAUAUCUGUAUUUUCCUGGGUUUAGUAAUUACAGGAAAUUUAACCAUAUGAAGCUAGUUAUUAAUUGUGAGAUUUUCAAUCUGUAUCCUGGCUAUACUAUAGAUAUUUAAUAGUUAUAAUAAUUGAUAAACAAAGAUGAGACACACUUUAAUUGAAAUGUUAAUAACACACAAACUGCAGUGGCUGUAUUGGACACAACAAUAAAAUUCAAAAAUCUUGGUUUUACAAAUUCUUUGAAUAUUAAGAAUGAAUAUUUUGAUUAAAGAAGAACCGUAUAUGUUUAAUUUGAGUAGUUGGUUGAAUGUCCUUUCACUUGGUGCUAAUAUAUUGUCUACCCUGUAAAUACAAGUUAGUGUGCGUUGUAAUGCUGGCCAGUUAUUUGUUAUAUUACUUUAAGUCUACUGUGGUAUUAUUCAAAAUAUAUUUAAACAUUAAACAAUAUACUGUAUAAUAAGUGCAGUACCUAUCAGUGUAUGCAUUUGUCAUCAAAUUUUAUUUUGAAGGAACAGCUUUCUAAAUAGUUUUCAGUACAUUUAUAACAGUACCGGUACGGUUAAUUUACAUUUCUAUAAACACAUCUCUGGUGGAUUUUGGAUUAUUUUUCCCUUUCAAAUUAAAUGAUUUUUCAUUGCUACUCUAAAUCAUUCCAUUUGUCUUUUAAUAGUCCUUUGAAUUGGUUGAUAAAUAGAGGAUGCAUUGCAUCAUGUUCCCUAACAAAUGUAUCGUUGAUAUAAAAAAUGUAAAUUUGUUUUAUAAGUAAUGUCUUUUAGUUUAAAUUGAAAUCUAUAAGUAAGUUGUGUUUAAAAUACUUUGUACAAAGACUGACUAAAUUAUGUAUAUAUCAUGUAAAAAAUAUGGUAAUUUCUUUCAAA